AUGCGUCUUCUUAACACUACUACGCAUAAGCUCGAGGAAUUCGGAGGUAGCAAGAUCCCGCUAUACGCGAUCCUUUCACAUACAUGGGGACAAAAUGAAAUUACAUUUCAGGAUAUCAAAGGCGCUAACGUAAUGAAACGGCUGGGCUAUAAGAAAAGGGGUUAUGAAAAGGUGAGGAGGACUUGCACUAUGGCUGCGGCCGAUGGGUUCGAUUAUGUUUGGAUCGACACUUGCUGCAUUGACAAAACAAGUAGCGCUGAGCUCUCUGAAGCAAUCAACUCUAUGUACCGUUGGUACCAGGAAUCAGUCGUGUGCUACGCCUAUCUUGCCGAUGUAUCAUCAUCGAACACCCUCAAUCACCGCUCUGGCAAAGAAUCUGAAUUCUCAAGAAGUAAAUGGUUUACUAGAGGAUGGACCCUUCAGGAGCUUAUCGCUCCUCCAGUGGUGAUAUUCCUUAACCAGGAAUGGAAAGAAAUUGGAACCAAGUCAAGCCUACAAGAGUCGAUAUUGGCGAUCACCGGUAUACCUGCCAAUAUUCUCCUUAGGGGGGACCUCGAAUGUGCUAGUGUCGCCCAAAAAAUGUCAUGGGCUUCGAAGAGGGAGACAACGAGAGUUGAGGACCUUGCGUAUUGCUUAAUGGGCAUAUUUGGCAUUAAUAUGCCUCUACUCUACGGGGAGGGAAAGAGAGCAUUUAUAAGGCUUCAAGAAGAAAUUAUGAAGGUUUCGGAUGACCAUAGCCUCUUUGCGUGGGAAUCAUCCUGGGAUUCUGGCGGUCUUCUUGCAACUUCCCCAGCGGCGUUCUCCAAGUCCAGCGAAAUCAUCCCAGCCAACCCUUUAAGCGGUGCCAUAGCCGUGAACAACAAAGGAAUUCAUUUAAUACUCCGGAUUACGGAUACAACGGAUGAUCAAGGAAAUAUACUUGCCAUCCUUCCAUGUACAAAGAAGGGGAAACAAAUCGGAAUCUCCAUGAGAGCGAUGUCGGAGACAGGGGAAUAUUUUAUGAGGACAGAGAAUAGUGAACUCCAACUAUUCGAUCCGGAUGAUUACAGUCAACUAGGACAUCGCGAGAGAAGUAUAUGCCUUAGGCAGGAGCAUCCGACACGUAAGAAUCUGUCGCCACUACCGGAGGCGGCUGCGCACGGGAACGAAACAGUCGUGAAGCUGCUACUGAGGAAGAGUAUUGAGUUAGAGUCAAAGGAUAGAUAUGGUCAGACGCCGCUAUCGAGAGCUGCAGAGAAUGGGCACGAGAUGGUGGUGAAGCUACUACUUGAGAAGGGCGCUGAUCUGGAGUCCAAGGACCAAAUUGGUCGAACGCCGCUGUCAUGGGCGGUGGAGAAUAGGCACGAGGCGGUGGUGAAGCUGCUGCGUGAGAAGGGCGCUGAUCUGAAUUCUAUGGAGAGACUUAGUGAUCGGACGACAUUAUCAUGGGCCGCUGAGAAUGGGCACGAGGCGAUGGUUAAACAACUACUCGAGAAGGGUGCCGACCUAGAGUCUAAAGACACUAAGUAUAGCCGGACACCGCUGUCGUGGGCUGCAGGGAACGGGCACGAGGCGGUGGCAAAGCUACUACUCGAGAAGGGUGCCGACCUAGAGUCUAAAGAUAUUAAGUAUGGCCGGACACCGCUGUCGUGGGCUGUAGGGAACGGACACGAGGUAGUGGUGAAGCUACUGCUCGAGGUGGGCGCCGAUCCAGAGUCUAAAGACACUGAGUUUGGCCGGACACCGCUAUCGUGGGCGGCAGAGGACGGGCACGAGGCAGUGGUGAAGCUGCUACUUGAGAAUGGUGCUGACCCGGAGUCUAAAGAUACUAGGCUUGGCCAGAUACCGCUAUUAUGGGCUGCAGGGAACGGGCACGAGGUAGUGGUGGAGCUGCUACUCGAGAAGGGUGCCGAUCUGGAGUCUAAAGAUACUAGGCUUGGCCGGACAUCGCUAUCGCAGGCUGCAGGGAACGGGCACGAGGUGGUGGUGAAGCUGCUGCUCGAGAAGGGUGCCGACCUAGAGUCUAAAGACACUAAGCUCGGCCAGACACCGCUAUCGCGGGCGGCAGAGAACGGGCACGAGGUAGUGGUAAAGCUGCUACUCGAGAAGGGCGCCGACCCGGAGUCUAAAGACAUAUGGCUUGGCCAGACACCGCUAUUACACGCGGCAGGGAACGGGCACGGGGUAGUAGUGAAGCUACUACUUGAGGCGGGCGUCGAUCUGGAGUCUAAAGACAUUAGGCUUGGUAAGACACCGCUAUCGCGGGCGGCAGAGAACGGGCAAGAGGCAGUGGUAAAGCUGCUACUCGAGAAGGGCGCCGACCUGGAGUCUAAAGACACUAAGUAUAGCCGGACACCGCUGUCGUGGGCUGCAGAGAACGGGCACGAGACGGUGGUGAAGUUACUACUCGAGGCGGGCGCCGACGUUGGCCAGACACAGCUGUCGCGGGCGGCAAGGAACAGGCAGGAGUCUAAAGGCACAGGGCUUAGGCGGACAUCGCGGCCACGGGCGGCAAGGCACGGCCAUAAGACGGUGAUAAUGAAGCUGCUACAGUCAGGUCGUAUUUAG